AACUCCCAUGAGGUUGAUGAAGCAAAGGAAGCUCAUGACCGUGAAGUUGUAAAAUUGGUUCAUGAUCAAGCUAUCAAAACAGCCAGGAAGGUGAACAUCAUAAUGUCGAAGUCACAGGAACUCGAAGCUCUCGGGUUGUUUCCCAAGGUGGCUGGUCUAGCCCAUAAAGUGCAUGAAAGCACAACUUUGCAGGAGGAGUUUGAGAAGACUGUUAUAUACAAACGUGGUGAAGACAGUCAAAAACGGCGUCUUGAUCGACGUGUUCCUACCUGCUGGAACUCUGAUUUUGCGUGUCUCUGCACACAUCUCCAUUUCAAGGAGGAGGUCCAGUUAUUCAUGACACAGAACAAUUUACUAGACUAUGCUCUUACACCUGCACAAUGGAAGCUAGCUGAGCACUUGAUGCCCGUCCUUGAGAUUUUCAAUGAGCUCACAAACUUAUUCUCAAAGGCUAAUGUGCCAUUG